GAUUGGUCCAUUGCUGUAUGCACUAUCCAAUGAGUAGAGGGUUACCUCUGACGUUCGGCGUGAAGGCAAAGGUCAACUGGGGUCAAUCAUGGCAUGGACGCCUGGUCUCAGCAAGCUUGUACAGUGCACAAGCAUCUGCUACAUGAGCCGUGCAACCACCCUGCUCUAUAGAACAUCUUCACGCCUGUCUGGACAAGGCACCGCAAAAACCUCACCAUCAGCAGGAUUCAGACCAAGUGGAGACAUUUCAGACGUGUCAGUUUCAAACUUACCCAUCUAUGGUUCAGAACCACAGGAGUCCACAUCUGAAAGUGAGAUAGAAGCACUAAGGAAGAGAUUUGGUGUGGACAUCGCCGACACGGAAAAACACAAUGUGAGAGCAACUCCUGGGGAACAUGGGACAAGACAUCUAACACCAUUCCUGACUCCAUCUGAACUUGCAGAGAGGAGAGAAAUUCCAGAAAGACCUUUUGAUGGAAGGAGGACAACGCUUAAGGAAGACUGGGAGCACUUUCUGAAGUGGUUCAAGAAAACAUUUUAUGAACUCCAUUAUUGGUUUGAGAUGAAGCUUGACAGGGAUGGGCGUAAUCUGCUCUUUAGAAAUAGACUGACAUCAUGGUAUGUAACCCAGUUCAACACAGAGAUUGCAGUGGCCGUAUGGGUGCUCCAGCUGCGAGGAGCAGUCCGCUACAAGAACCAGGAGGACUGGCACGGAGGGAGCUACAGGAAGUUCCAAAUCAGGCAGAUGAUGGAGGAGACUGUGGAGGCUGUGGACCUCAGCGGGACGGACAUUUCUUACAACGGGCUGUCAAACCUAGAACUUCUGGGAGACAUGAGAGAGUUGAGGCUUGCAGACUGUCCCCAUGUAGAUGACUUCUGCCUGUCCAAGCUGCAUGAGUUCAGCGGGAGGCUUGUUUAUCUGGACAUCAGCAGGUGUCCCCGGGUCACAGAGAGAGGCAUCUCAGCUCUGCACAAUGUCAGGAGUCUGCAUGUUGUUAAGAUGGAAGAGAUGCCCAAUGUGAAGUACAAGGAACUGAUUGUGCUGAUGAUGGAGGAGGCAAUGCCAUGGUGCAAGUUUGAGGGUGUGGACUACGUGAAGAAGGCAGCACAGCUGGGCAUCAAGAUGGACCUGUCUGCCUUGGAAAACAAGGAUGUGAAACUUCUCGACAAGCCAACAGAAAAAGUGGAAGAAAAAGAAGCAGAAGAAAAACAACAGCAAGAUGCUACAUCUACAGCUGCAACUUAGAUACCUUUCAGUUCAAAUAGUUUGAUGGGGUGAGAACACAUCUGAAGAUUUUGUGACAUCACAAUUGAAUGUUAUAUACAUGUACAUAUCAGAUUUAUCAGAUUGUAUAUUGAAGACAUUGAAAAGACUUCUUGUGUUCUGCCUUUGUCUAUGGACAAACUGUGUACAUGCAGUUAAAAGGAAUAUUGUAAAGUACAAUUAUGUAUUGGAAUUCAAUGCUGAGAAAUGAUGCGCAUUAAAUUGUUGUCAACCA